UGAUAUUGUUGACUGUCGUUUAGCUAUCAUAAAAUGGUUCAAACAUGAAAAAUCACCCGGCGUUGCAAUUGAGAGCCAAAAAUGUCAGAUUCGCUCGCAGUUCUCUAUAAUCUUCUAACUCAGUUAUCAGAUGGCAUACUGGACUCUCUCUCCGCAUUAAACUACACUCCUCCAGAAGGCUCCACUGUCUCUACCAAAUCCAUACUCGAAUCUCUUCUCUCUAAACAAAACUUCAAGCGUAACCCUGAAAUCACUGAAACCCAACUCCACAAUUCAAUCAAGGACUUCGCUUUAGCAUGUGCUUUACUGUCCUCUUCGCAGACCUCGACCCAUGAAUUGCUUUUGUGGAUACCCAAUGAACUUUCGAUUACGGCGACUGCGGUUUUGAAGGAGUUUUCGAGGGUGUAUUUCGGGAGUGUUUUUGGGGAUAGAAAUGAGAGAAGGGUUAGUGAAUUGUUGGGUUUGGAUUGUGGUUUGUUGAGUGAAGAAAAGAGGUUGGUGGUGGUGUUGAUGCCUGAGGUUUUGCCUGAGUUGAAAGGGAGUAUUAAGGAGAGUUCUAUUGACAAGAAUACUGAUGGAGAUGAGGUGUCUGCUGCCUCUGCUCGGGCACCGGUUGGUUUUGCCAUUGUCGCUGCCUAUCAGUUUAGAUGGUUUAUUAGUCAGGUUGAUUAUCCACAUUUGGGAAAAGUGUCUAAUUUGGUGAUUCCUUGUGGGUUGACUGCACUUGAUCACUGGUCACCAGAGGUGAAAGGGCAAGGCAUGAUUAGUUUCAUACAUCUUGCAAAAAAUUUGAAUGAUGCUGAGUUUGGUUGGUAUGAGGAUGUGAUUCUUGAUGCAUGCUGCCAGAAUAUUGCUUCGGCUGAUGAGAUAUGGUAUCAUGUAGUUGAGAUGUCAGUACUUCUUGUAACUUGCAUCCAGCGAAGUAAUCCUCGUAGUCCAUGGUUUGAAAGGAUGCUGAAUGAGAUGUUAAGUCACUUGGAGCGCCAACCAAGAAAUAAGGAUCGCUGCAUUGCAUGGCUUACAUUCAUAGAACCGCUUUUCCAUGCUGUUGGUCUUGUGUUAUUAGCUCAUUUUAGGCGGAUUUUCCCACUUUUCUUUCAGUGGAUGCAUGCUGAUGACGAUGAAACUGUUCUGCUAGUUCUUAAAAGGGUCCAAACAAUUGUAAGGUUAACAUGGAUAAGGAACACACCUUAUAUCGAAAGAUUGGUGGAUGAACUUGUUGUACUAUACAAGGAAGCAGCAUUGAAAAAAGCUCGUGAAGAAAUUAGAACUCAUGUUCUUGACAUACUGGUCUUGCUUCAUCAAUGCAAGGGCCUGCAAUUUGAAGCAACCUGGGACAAGCACAGGGAUGAUCCAAAUUUGACGACUCUUAGUUUCUCAUUAAGGGAAAGACAUUGUGAAUAAUGUUGCCACCCAUGCAGAACUUUUUCAGAGUUAUCGUCUUAAAGUGGAUCUGCUUGGACAGUAUUGAAUGUCUUGAUGGGAUGGAGCUAUGGAGGAAAUCGAAGAGGAAGUAACCUCUGCUUGUUUGCAUUAGACAUAUUCCUAAAGGAAUACAGAGAAAUUUUCCUUCAACUAAAGACUCCCGGCAUAUGGAUUGCAUGGUUGCAACGGCUGCAAACAGCUGCUCUUCCUUUUGCAGAUAGCGUGAGGGAUGCUGGUUUACCUUGUCUAUGAUUUUUUCCCCUUUUCUGAUACAGCUAUAGCUUAUCUUAGGAAUGGUUUAUGAACACAUGCUAGUCCAUUGUUCACAAUCUGUAUAGUUGUUUUUCAGGCCUAAUUUUUAUCAUUAUUUUUUAAACUAAGUUCAUUUCAUUGAGGUGGACUUAAUGUCUAAUGUUGAAUGGCGGAAAAAAUCUAUAUAACCGGCUCUUAACCAA